AGCAGUGAAGCAGUCGUGCGUUCACAUGUAUUUCUCCCGUGGAAUGCCUUCCCAUCUCCUGCGACGGCAUGUUCUUCUCGUGGCGACCUUCGUCCUCAUCGCGCCAGGUGUGUUGUGUGUUGUGUGUCUGUGUGGCACGACUCACACACGCACAUGAGCCACGCUGCGGCGGGGGCACGUAGAUCUAUCUCAUCACACGUUGAUUGACUCUCUGUUGGUUGCUGUUUGUUUCUUGAUUCAGUUGUAGCACCUCCGGGUGGUCCGCGCGGAGGAGGGGGGCCACGAGGAGGUCCUCGUGGUCCUCGCGGCCCUCCUCGCGGCUUUCGCGGCGGGGGAUACAGAGGGGUAUGAAGGACGGGGCACGCCACACAAAUGAGUACUUUUGCCGAUGUGUGUGUAUGUGGUCCUGCAGGGAGGGGGGCCUCGUGUGCCAAUCCAGUCGCGUCCAUCGUCCCCCUCUCGUCCGGUGCAGCCAACACGCCCGGCUUCACCGCGGCCACAGCAACCAGCACCCCGGCCUCAGCCUCAGCCGACUCGCCCGUCGGGACAGAUCAACCCGGACAUCGCCAACCGAGCGGGGGAAGUGGCCAGGUCAGUGGCUGACACAGGCAGGCAGGCAGGCAGGCAGGCAGGCAGAGGAAGGAUGAUCGCAUAUCAUGCAGUGGGAGAUACACUAUCUGUGUUCCCGAUCCAUCAGACAAUGGGACCGUGGCGCCCGUCCUGGUGAGCCCAUCGGCAGGCCGGCGCCCAGGCCCCCAGCUCUCGGUGACCGCCCAGGGCCAAGACCACCUGCUGACCCUGCUGGCAGGGGACCUGCCGGUAGACCGCGGCCACCGGUGCGUUCAGUACGCCAGCAGGCAGCCAGGCCAGGCAGGGAUAUACACACGGAUGGGUGCAUGGCAUUGUGAGUGAUCGAUCGAUGUGUGGCUGCGGAUAUCAGUCCUUCAGUCCCGAUGUGGCCCGUGCGGCGGCGCGUCCUCGACUGCCAGUGGCGAGGCGUCCCCUGCCGCCGGCCCGACCGGGGGUCAAUGCGCCCGGACAGGUGCCUGUGAGGCCGCCAAUCAGAGACAGAUCGCCAGUGCCGCCAGGUACGUGGAUGCCUUAUGGGUCAGAUGCGCAGACAUACACACAUGGAUACAUCGAUGGGUCUGUCUGUCUGUCUGUUUGUUUGUGUUCCAUCAGGCGUGGCCCGGCCGCCCUUCGAGUAUAACCCCAGGUUUUGGAGUUUUCCUGGAGCGCGCUACCCUCUACCGACCAUCGUCCCCAGCGGCCUUGCUGUGGGUGUGGGGGUUGGUGUGGCUGUCGGUGGGGGCUGGGGUGAUGACUAUAGCGGGUGGUGGUACCCCUACGGUCAGCAAGCAGCCUGUUGCAGCACACACACAUACAUGAAGGAAAAAGUGUGUGUGUGUGUGUGUGUUUGUGUGUGUGUCACUCAGUGGGCUACGGUGGUUACUAUGAUGAUUAUGGUUACGGCUAUGGCACGACCAACUACUACGCCACUGCGUGUGGUGAGGGGGGUGCCGAGUGCUCAGAUAACGUCCAGUGCUGCUCGGCCAGCUGCUACGACGGCAUCUGUAAGCACACAACACACACUGCAGGACGCAAGACGACACCAACUGGGAGGCCGAGCUAAUGUGUGUUGUCUGUCUGUCUAUCAGGUGAGACCACUGAGAGUGCAGGAGAAGCCCCGCCCACGUCGUCGUCAGCAGAGCAGUACAGCAACCCGGGCUCGUAUCUGCCACCCUCCGACCUGCCCUACCCCCAGGACCUCUUCGUGGGUGAAGAGGGCGUCGAACCGCCGCCUGCUGGGUGGGAUUACCACACACACAUAUAGACACACACACACUCACAGAGAGAGAGAAAGUGCUGGCCUUGGUUGUGUGUGUGUGUGGUGGGCAGGUUCAUUCCUGUAGAGGGCGAAGAGGUGGAGGUGCCAGGGCUGCAGGAUGCGCAAGGAGAGCUCCAGUACUACAACGGGACUUACUUCUAUACUGUCGGUACGCAGACAGACAGGCAGACGGAUUGACAGGCAGACAGAUUGACGAGCAAACAUACCUAUGCAUGCCUGUGUGUGCACAUCCAUCGUCCGUCCAUCAGGCAAUCUGACCUAUUUCUUCGUCUCUGGCAACACCACCACCAACGGCACAGACGGCGAAGAGACACCAGUAGCGUGAGCGAGCAGUGUAGCGUGUACCACACACCGACACACCAGUCCAGUAUGUUUCUUCCCUCUCUCUUUGCCCCUUUGGUCUAUGUAUCGUCAGUGAGGAGCAGUGCGAUGAGGUUGGCGUUGCUGAGGGCGAGGUGGUGCUCUGCAACGGUACUCAUUUCUUCACACAAGACGGCACCACCUACUACUUCCAGGAGGACAGCGCCUCGCCCGACGGCGGCGUCUGGAUCAGCCAAGAGGACGGAACUGAGCUUCCACAAGGUCAGUCACAUCACUACCCAACCCACCAACAAUGACACCCUCACCGCCCCUCUGUGUCUUUCCUGCCUCUUAUCAACCAACAGAGGCCGAGACAUCCGACGAGUCACGUGCUCUCCAAGUCGAUGAAUAUGAUGGUCCAUUCGCCGAGGCCACCAGCCCCGCACCAGCAGACGACGAGCAAGCCGACGACUCCCUCCCGCCCCACGCCGCCCUGGAGAUUCCCAACGAAGGCGACAACCAGCUCGCGGACGCCCUCUCGGCCGCCAUCGCCCAUCUGGAGGGCAACGGCGGCUGGGCCACCAUCUGGCGUCGGUUCUUCUCGGGCAACCACACCGCGGGCCUGCCGUCUGUGGCUGUGCUGAGCACGGCUGAGGGGGAGUGCUCGGCAACUCUGCCUGACCCGCGGAAUGCCACAGGGACGCUGGCGAGGGUGCUGGACGAAGGGCUGCUGUGGGUGGGGUCGGACUUCGACUAUCCGCCGUUUGCGUAUCGCCUGGCAAACGGGACGGUGUGGGGGUUCGAGGUCGACCUUAUCGGCGCGAUCGUAAAGGCGUUGUCCGACGCAUACGACACACCUAGUGAGUGCUGGACUCUGCACACUGACAACACAAAGAGAGCGCAUUGUCUUGUGUUUCUCUUUGCCCGUCCGUCCGUGCAGUCGAUGUGCAGUUUGUGCACCGACCUGUCGAGACGCACUUUUUCGUCGACUUGGUGGCCCCUCUGUAUGACGAUCACUACGACGUCGUGACCGCGAGCAUCAUCAGGACACCACUCAGACAGCAGUUCGCCGGUAGGUGCCUCAAUGGAUGGAUGGAUGGAUGGAUGGACACACAGCGCACACACAGACGCACAUCAUGCCGUUCAAUGUUUCAAAUUCUUUCUCUGUCUGCAGACUUCACCUGUCCCUACUUAGCGGGCGACAGGACUGCUGUCUUUUUCGGCCCUACCGCAGCCAACCUGACCGCUGUAUCAGAGGACAGCCCUUCUCUGAGUGCGUUUGAGGGUCUGGGUCUCACAGAGGCCGAGCGGCGGGACGUGGGUGCCCUCAACACGCCAGCAGUGAAGAUAGGGAUCAUCGCGGGCAGCACACGUGCCCAGACGGCCAUCUCACUCUUCCCUAAUGUAUGUGUGUAUGUUAGCGAGUGUGUGAGCAACACCGACCCACACACACACAGUGUGUAUGUCUGGGUCGGCCUCUGAUCAGGCCACUUUGGUGCCACUGGUGGGUCUGUCGAGCAUGGCGCACUCCCUCAUCAAUGGGCAUGUGGACGCCCUGCUCUACUCAUGGGAGCUCGUGGCGUGGAUCAAAAAGCUCAACCUCCCCAGGUGUCCGGGGUGCAGAAUCGCUGCCGUCUUCGGCGACGCUGCCCCAAAGAGGUAAGGAGCUUGAUUGAUUGAUGGAUGAGGAUACACCGAGCAGCGUGUCUGUGUCUGUGUCUGUGUCUGUGUGUGGCAUCAGUUUUGUGACGCGCAAGUGGCCAGCGCCUGAGUGGCUGAGCGACUGAAGCCGAGCUGCCGGCAGGCAGGCAGACAGACAGACAGGGCGACAACCAAGUGAUAGUCAGUGUAGUCAUUUCCUUAGGCGGGCACAGACGUACGCGUGUACCCGUACAUCCAUAUUUUGCGUGGAUGUAGACGUGCCUUUUUCCGGGAUGCGCCUCGUCCGCUCCCUCCCGACGCAGCUGCAGGCGCUGUAGAUGGACACCCACAGUAGUGGCUGUAGUGUUCAUUUGUUUUAGUGCGUGUGUGUAUGUGUGUCUCGUGUGUGUGUAUCUCGCGGUCGCGCUCUUUUUCCUCCCUCCGUGGUUGCGUGUGGCGUUGUGGUACCUUUACCCAUCUGUGUGGUGGGGUGGGUGGGGUGGGGUGGGGUGGGCGUUUGUUCGUUUUAUGUGUGCGUUCGUGCCAGCAAUGCACACGCGUGACCGAAGCGCCUCUUGGAUAAGUCAGGUAAGCUUCUCAGCCUUCAGACAGACGGACAGACCUGCGCAUGUGUCAUUCUGUGCGCUCUUAAUUGUGCGGCAG